AUGAUCAUAUAUCUGUUCUUCUCUUCGAUGGUAAGGAGGCUUGAAGUGGAAGGCGUCGACACCAAAGGGCCAGAGGGUGUGAUCCAAGUCGAAGACCAUGAGACGCGGCACUCUUCGGAUCAAACCCAUUGUUACCACAACUCACCACUUCCUCAGCUCACUGUCAAUACAGACAUUAUUUAUGGCAUUCAAUGCCAACACAAACUCAAAACAAACACUACUUUAUAUCAAAACAAAUGGUUUGAAAUGUCUUUGAAGACAAGACAUUCACUUCUGGAGUACAGGUUUGGGGAUCUGUUGGGCAAAGGAACCUAUGGAACAGUAUAUAAGGCAUUCAAAAAGGGAAACCCGGAAGAAGUGGUUGCCAUCAAAUGUGUCCACAAGAGCUCACUCUCGAAGCAAUCGAUUGAUGACAUCAUUAAUGAGAUAUCGAUCACAAAGAAAGUGAAGAAUGAGUUCAUCGUUGAACUGAAGGACUUCCAGUGGACUGAGAGUCAUAUAUAUCUGGUGUUUGAGUUCUGCAGUGGAGGAGAAUUGGCUCAAUUGAUCCGAAAGAAUAAACGAUUUUCGGAACCAAUUGUUCGCCAUUUUUUGCAACAGAUAGCGACAGCUCUGAAGACAUUGCGGUCGCACUCCAUCGCACACAUGGAUCUCAAGCCACAGAAUAUUCUCAUCUCAUCUAAGAUUUGUGGCAAUUGUUGGCGAAAUGUUGUCCUAAAGAUCGCUGACUUUGGAUUCGCUCAAUACCUGCGCUCUGAAGACUCGGCCACUUCUCUGAGAGGUUCGCCUCUAUAUAUGGCUCCAGAGAUUCUGUUGGGAACCAAAUAUGACGCCAGUGUUGACCUCUGGUCCGUC